ACCUUGGCCGCUUUCCGUCAAGAAGCGGGUUUCCUUCAUGAUGACUUCAAGGAUCCCUCAACUACUACUUCCUUUUCUUUGUAUUGUAUGAUCCGAUCGAUAAUGAUGAAUACUGAAAAAGGAUUUCAAAGUGUCGAUUUUUCUGCUAAGCUUCUUGCGUACAUAUAUAUAUGUGUUGUUGUGUGCGCACAUUUGGUCGAGGUCUAUACAAAAAGCAAGGGAAACCCCUCCCAAAAAAGAAGCAGUUGCCUCCUUUUCCAGUCAUCCUCUUCUUCAUCCACUUUCUUGAUAUCUUUGCAUGGUUUCAUGUCAUGGGAUUUGGUUUCCUUGCUUGAUGGUCUUCUUUGUGGUCUUCCACUCCCCCCCCCCCCGCUUGAGCUUGGUUGAGUUUUCUUCCUCUUUUUCCUUGGAUGGUUCGAGGGAGGCGAGGUUUUGCUUUGCAUAAAGAAAAGUGCUCUUUUUGACUAGGUUCUGAGACGAGAUCACGUUGCAUUCAGGGUUAGCGUGGGCUUGUAGGCAUGUCCCAAUGAUAGAA